CUGCCGGCUUUCAAAAAUUCUCCCUCGCCGCCAUCAUCGAUCGGCGGCCCGGAGACGCAGGUGCUGUUAGCGGAGACCGGGGCGAGACGCGUGUGAGUGUGCGUUUGUGUAUGGUGGGGUGUGAGCACGCGCCCGAAGAGUGGAAGGGAGUGAGCGAGCGAGGAGGGUGGGCGGCCGUUGGUUACCAGCCUUUCGUGACGCCGUGUUACGCCACCGCCUCCGCCGCCGCCUCCGCCUCCCUCGCGCCCCUCGGCUCCCGCGUGUGGUCCCCUCCCCCCUUCCCCCAGCGCGCGGACCCCCCCUCCCCCUCCCUUCCCGGGGAGAAGCCUUGCGCGUGCGCAGGAGGGCGGCGAGCUCGAGGUCUGAGGCCGCUGCCGCAGCACGAGGCUCCCGUAGCUCGCCCGCCCGUCCAUCGCUGGCCCGCCCGCGCGCGCACCCUGGGGAGGAAGCUUGACAGAGCAGCCGUGACCAUGGCAUCUGAGGAUAUUGCCAAACUUGCCGAAAGCCUGGCCAGAACCCAGGUGGGCGGAGGACAGCUCAGCUUCAAAGGCAAAAGUCUCAAACUCAACACAGCAGAAGAUGCUCAGGAAGUGAUUAAAGAGAUAGAGGCGUUUGAUGGGCUGGAGGCCCUGCGUUUUGAAGGCAACACAGUGGGUGUGGAGGCGGCCAAAGUCAUCGCCAAGGCCCUGGAGAAGAAAUCGGAGCUGAAGCGAUGCCACUGGAGCGACAUGUUCACUGGGAGGCUGAGGUCAGAGAUUCCCCCUGCCCUGAUCUCCCUGGGGGAGGCCCUCAUCACAGCCGGGGCACAGUUGGUGGAACUGGACCUGAGCGACAAUGCCUUUGGGCCUGACGGCGUGCGGGGCUUCGAGGCCCUGCUCAAGAGCUCAGCUUGUUUCACGCUGCAGGAACUAAAGCUUAACAACUGUGGCAUGGGCAUUGGUGGUGGCAAGAUCUUGGCAGCAGCUCUGACUGAAUGCCACCGGAAAUCCAGCGCCCUGGGCAAGCCACUGGCCCUGAAAGUGUUUGUCGCUGGCAGAAACCGUCUGGAAAAUGAUGGUGCCACAGCCUUGGCUGAAGCAUUUGGGAUCAUUGGGACCCUGGAGGAAAUCCACAUGCCUCAGAAUGGGAUCAACCACCCGGGGGUCACGGCGCUCGCCCAGGCCUUUGCCACCAACUCCCUGCUGAGAGUCAUCAACCUGAACGACAACACAUUCACCGAGAAGGGAGCAGUGGCCAUGGCCGAGACCCUGAAGAUCCUGAGGCAGGUGGAGGUGAUCAAUUUUGGGGACUGUCUGGUCCGUUCCCGAGGGGCUCUGGCCAUCGCUGAAGCUGUGAAGGAGGGGCUACACAGACUAAAGGAGCUGAACUUGUCCUUCUGUGAAAUCAAACGAGACGCUGCGCUGGUGAUCGCAGAAGCUGUCGAGGACAAAUCAGAGCUGGAAAAAUUGGAUCUCAACGGGAAUGCCUUGGGAGAAGAAGGCUGUGAGCAGCUUCAGGAGACCCUGGAAGGCUUCAACAUGGCCCACACGCUGGCCUCGCUCAGUGAUGAUGAAGGGGAUGAUGAGGAAGAAGAGGAGGAAGAUGAGGUUGAGGAGGAAGAAGAAGAGGAGGAGGAAGAAGAGGAGGAAGAGGAAGAGGAGGAGGAAGAGGAGGAGGAGGAGCUUCAGCGAGGCCAAGGGGAAGAAGUGACCACAACCCCCAAGAAGAUCCUGGAUACACAUGUUGGGGAACCUGCUUCUGUUCUGUGUCCUCCAUCCGACAUCUCCACAUUCCUUGCUUUCCCAUCUCCAGAAAAGCUUCUGCGUCUUGGGCCCAAGAGCUCAAUGUUGAUAGCCCAGCAGACAGAUACGUCUGAUCCAGAGAAGGUGGUUUCAGCUUUCCUGAAGGUCUCCUCUGUGUUCAAGGAUGAGCUGGCAGUGAAGACAGCGGUUCAGGAAGCAGUGGAUGCCCUGAUGAAGAAAGCCUUUGAUUCAGCCACCUUCAACUCCAAUGCCUUCAUCACCAGGCUCUUAAUCCACAUGGGGCUUCUCAAGAGUGAGGACAAGAUCAAGGCCAUCCCCAAUCUCUAUGGCCCCCUGAUGGCCCUCAACCACAUGGCCCAGCAGGAUUACUUCCCAAAGACCCUGACACCUGUCCUCCUGGCCUUUGUGACCAAGCCCAAUCGGGCUCUGGAGUCCUGCUCCCUCGCCCGUCACAACCUCCUGCAAACCCUCCACCAAGUCUAGUCGCUAAGAGGCCGGGCCUCUGCCGUCAUCCCACAAUGAACUUUCUGACCUGAGAUUCCCCUGCCCAGGCCCCAGAGGACGAGUGUGUGUGUCUGCCAUCACUUCCACUGAAGAUUCCCUCCCCUGCCUUCCACCCUGGGACACCUAGGGGAGGCUGCUUUUGUUUGGUGUUUGUCCUCUAUCCUGACCAGUGCCCCGCCUGCCGGUCCUGGCCCCAGGCCCUGGGGUUUGUGGAGCUUUUCGUGACGUCUCUGUUUUGGAUGAGCUGGCCUCGGACGCUUGCUUCCAUCCUGCCUGCUCAUGGAAUCGGACAGUGGCCCCUUCAUUAAACUCUGUUCCCUGCCCUCACACUGGCCCGUGUGGAUCUCCCCUGGCCAUUGCACGGUAUCCUUAGCUGGCCUGGGGAGCUCCUCGGCUGCUUAGGCUCACCAGGGAUCUCUGGGAUAGGGAGCGGCCUGUCCCUGCCUCCCAGGCUUUGCCACCUGGAAGGGGCACAGAGCCUAGUGUGGGGAUGGCAGCUUGGUGACCCCAGGGGAGGAGAGCUAGGCAUCGUCUGUGUGCAUACUGUUUGCUGUGGUAGAGGCAGUCUGGCCUCAGACCUUCUGCUUUGUGGAAGGGAGCUGACAGGCUGGGAUCUUCAGCUUGUCCCAGGGCCUGAGCUCGGCCCUUCAGCAGGGUGGUCUGGAGGAAGGAGCCAGAAUAAGUAGGGGACUCUUGACUGGCACAUUCUCAUGUCUCCUUCCCCUCCUCUUUGAGCAAGAAAAGGUGUCCCCUGCUGCCUGUAUCCCCUCUAGCCCGGGCCCAGCUACCGGGUUAGCUGGUCAGAUGGCAGCCCACCCAUUGGGGGUGCAGCACCCCCAGGGCCCUGAGCAACCGUUUUCUUCUGGGCCUCAGUGGGUUCCAAGCCAGGGCUGGGUCCCCUUGGCUCCUAAACUUUCUCUUGCCUUGCUGUGCCUGGGCCCUACCCAGGGCUGCAGCCCAGGUUUCGUGAAUGGACCAAAAUGCUGAGGAGGGAGUUAAGGAACUCCCCCAGAUCACCCACUCACCCACCCUUCCCUUCACUGUAACUUAUGUUCAUCUUCUGUUCACUAAAAGUGGCAAAAGGGGGUCCUGGAAGCAGGCCCCAGCUUGGAGCAUGUCUGCAGGGUCCUGAGGCAGUCUGUGUGGAGGAGCUGCCCUUGGCUUGUCUAGGGUCUUGAUCUCCUGGCCAACAUUGACUUUGCGGGCUAUGAGAUGCCUGUUCUCUAGGCUGCAUGGGGCCCGUCCUGCUCUCACUUUGCUGUCCUGUGAGCACUGGCAAAGGAUGCUGGGAAGGCUCGGAGCAGAUUUUGGUUCCAGCUUCUUUGGCCUCUGCCCAGCUUUAGCCAGCAUCCACAGGAGCACGGGUGUACUUGAGGAUGGCCCUCCCAUCAUCAUGGUGAAGGGCUGGGAGGCUUUGGUCACUGGCUGUUCUGCCCCACAGUGGCAGGAGUGAGCCCUGCCCUGAUUGGUGUAACCCAGGACAGGGCCAGCGAGAAGAAUGGAAGGCGGCAGGGCCAGCAGUGCUGGGGCCCCACUUUGGCUUCUUCAGCCGCUUUGACUGUAGGUGCUCAUCUCCAGUCUGCUGUCCACUGGCUGCUCAAAGGGGAUUUUAGGGCAGAGAGGCCUUGGACCAGUCCAGAAACCCCAAGGAGAGGCUCUGCAGCUGCUAGAUGGGGUGGGAAGGGUGUCUGAAGCAGCUGCCCAGCAGUGUGGGUCCAAGAGCUGUCCUCGGGGCCCUGGUGGGUCAGAGGAGGAGGGAAGACUAGAAACUCCCCUUGGUGGGCCUAGACUAGGCCAGCUCUGGCAGAGCCUCCCCCCAGGGUGCCUUUCACCCUAGCACGCUGCUCUCAUCUGUGUUGGUACUUGUGCUGAUGUAUGAGUAACUGUCCUGCCUGGGCCAGGGCUUAGGGUAGCAUACAGAAUAAAGUGAUGUGUUGCA